AUGGAUGAACGAGCCACGGAGCUACUAGCUGCCCUGCGCAACACGUCCCUCUCCGUCGACGCGAAGGUGACCUCGCUGACCAAGCUCAAGUCGGAAAUCAAGCAAAGGCAUGUUCCUACGUCUGCCGCCGGGGAUAUAUUCGAUGCCAUCCGCCUGGCUAUUGCGUCACAGCAUGGCUCCCUCUCCGCCGGUGGCUUCUCUGCGCUCGGUCAUCUGCUGAAACGGCUCUACCUCCAAGAACAGAAUGCUUUGAUCGCCAGUCAGGGACGCCAUACGUACUCGCUGCUGCUCGAGAAGCUCGGUGAUCACAAGGAACGUGUGCGGGCUCACGCUUCCCAGGCGUUUGUGGACUUCUGGCAGUCAGCACCCGCAGACGUUGAGCACCAUGUUCUAGAGGUUGCCCUCGUCGGCAAGAGCCCCAGGGCAAAAGAAACUAGUAUGAUGUGGCUGGUAAAGAUGACAAAGGAGCGUGGGGUUCUGUUCCGUGCUCACGUCCCCAGCCUUGUUGUUGGCCUCGAGGACGCAGACAGCUCUGUCAGAGAAACGGCCAAGGCUGCCGUGAUCGAGUUAUUUCAGAACGCCCCGCCACGAGCCAUAUCAGAUCUAAAGAAACAGAUUCAGUCCCAUAAUGUCAGGAGGUCUAUCACUUUAUCCAUUUUUGCGGCACUUGGUAUCAACUCUAUACCCGAUGCAGACCUUCCUUCCUCACACUCUGGCAUACCUGCCCGGCCUGGAAGCAGUUUCUCCCACCGUCGAGAGGAACCACCAAGGCCCAACUCAGUUCUUUCAACUCGCUCACAUCACCAUCAAGAUGGAAGCAGUCGAAAUGAUGACUCCCAUUAUGCUCCAUCACGGCCUCCUAGAGGUGAUCCGCCCAGAAAGGACGCACUCUCACAUGCUGCUAGCAUUGAGUCCUUAUCCACAGUCAGCGUCGAACACGAGGUCCCCGUUUCUCUUGAUCCAAUUACUAUAUACUCCAACAGAGAAAUUGAUGACAUGUUUCGAGACAUGGUACCCCAUUUCGAAGGGAAAGAAACCGAACACAACUGGCUACAUCGUGAAAAGAGUGUCCACACUUUACGGAGGUUGACCAAAGGAAAUGCCCCUCAUGAGUACCAAGCUCACUACUUGGCAGGUAUCAAACAGCUGCUCGAUGGCAUUCUCAAAGCAGUCAACUCUCUCCGUACCACUCUAUCAGCGGCAGGUUGCUCUCUUCUUCAAGACAUUGCUCGAGUAAACGGGCCAGCCAUAGAACCAAUGGUCGAGAUACUGCUUCAGAAUCUUAUCAAACUAUGUGGUGCUGUCAAAAAGAUAACCUCUCAAAGUGGGAAUCUCACAGUUGAUACUAUCAUUGGUAACAUCUCUUAUUCUGCUCGUCUACUCCAACAUAUGUGGGCUGCCUGCCAGGAUAAGAAUACCCAACCUAGGCUUUUUGCGACUGGAUGGCUCAAAACGAUCAUGAACCGGCAUGCUAAGCAUAAGAAUGCAAUUGAGCACGGUGGCGGUGUGGAUCUUAUUGAAAAAUGUAUCAAGAAAGGCCUAGGCGAUGCCAAUCCGGGAGUUCGAGAAAACAUGCGCGGAACUUACUGGACAUUCGCGACUAUAUGGCCUGAUAGAGCUAGAAGCAUCAUUUCCGAGUUGGAUACGAAAUCGAGAGCUCUGCUUGAAAAGGAUGCCGGGAACCCUAAUGCCGCUGCUCACGCUACGGCUCCCCGCAGUGGACAGUCUCAUGGCUCGUCCUUGAUGAGGAUGUCUAUAAAAGAAACCAUUGCUGCUCAAAAGAAAGCUCGGAUGGCUGCAGCAAAGAACCUCCCUCCUCGCCCAGAGUCCGCUCAAUCUUCUUUCUCCGAGCCAAGACUGGCCAGGCCUAACCUACAGAGGCAACCCGCAUCAUCCGCUUCUGUUCGCACUGCACCUACCGGAACACAGCCCUCAUCUUCGUCAUCAUCAUCCGUCCAAGGAGGCUCGCUCUCAUCGGCUCCAAUGCGGCCAGGCAUGCGCCCUCGUAGACCUGAGCUAUCGAGACCUGCAACAGCUGAUCCUUAUUCCCGAAGAAAUGCUCCCCUCAGCGCUCAAUCCCAGGUAUUAAGCCCGACUAGCAGCCCUCAAAGGUCCAGUCCAAAGACAGCCCCAGCUCCCCGCACAAGGAAACCCCCGGCAAGGCCCAAGUCGAGAAUGGAAGGUGUAACUACAAACACCCUCCAAAGGAAACCCGCAGCGUCUGAGCCUCCAAUGGCUCAACCACUUGAACCGGAAAUUAUCAAAACUAUUAAUCCGGUUGAUCCAGAGCCAGAGCAGGAACGGCAAGUUAUACCUGAGCCCAAAUAUGAACGUGAGCUCGAGCCGGUCAUCCCAGCGCCUCAGGCAGUUGAUGAGGACACCAUGAGCCCAACCAAAGCAAAUGAAGAUUUCACCAUUGUCUUGCCAGAUAUCAGUGAUCCAAUACAGAUUGAAAUUCCUCAGACGCCAGUCCAAGCGUCAGGGAUGCCAUCACUAGGAUCCCCGCUUAAAACCCCAGUGGCAGCGCCAAUUGAAACCCCCAUUGAAUCUCCAAUUGAAGCACCAGCGGAAGUACCUACCAGACCCCAGCAUGAGGAACCAACGGAAGUGCCAAUUGAAGCGCGUGUAUCUACGGUUGAAGCAGCAGUUGAAACAACUGAAGUGCUGGAUGAAACUCCAGCUGAAGCCCCAGUGGAAAUCCCGGUGCAAACGCAAACCGACAUCCCGGUUGAGCCUCCCGUUGAAAAUCCAGCUGAUCUUCAGACUAUCAAUACAGAUCUCGCCGAGUCCCGCAUUGAAGACAUGCCUCAAGAAGCACCUCCGGAUGUCCAUAAAGAGGCGGAUAUCACUAGUGGUCAAAUGACGCCUCCUAGACAGCGCGCACUCAGCUCAACCCCGCUGUCUAAAAUCCCUACUUCUCCUAAAUUCCGCCAUCAUAGCAGGGAGAUUGUUCUUUCCAGUCCCCUCCGCACUCCACCAAAGACCCAUGUCCGGUCCUCUGAGCCAGAAGUUUCCUCCAUUAUCAAGCUCUCACCGCCACCUACCAUUGCUGAAUCCAAUGGAACAACAGCCCUUAAAGUCUAUGAGGAUCCCCAGUCACCUAUCUCAAAAACCUCUGUUGCCUCCCCUAUAACACCACAUUCAAACCGACUAGUCUCAAAGACCAAGCCUCUUGAGGCUCGACCAUUAAACGAAUCCUCAAUUACCAAUCGCAAAUAUAACCAAGAUACCCAGAGCAUUUCUCCACUUUCAUAUUCCCCUCCGGCUCCGGCUUCAAAUGAGAACUCCCAUCGGCGAUGGAAGAAGGUUGAAAUAUCAGAAAGGCGAAGGAGCCUUAGCCCUCACUCUAAAGAUCCUAAUCGGGCACGGGAUAUGGUUGAUAGGGGGCUUAUGAGAAUCCGAACUUCUGCUCUGGACGUCCACGGGUAUAGAAAAUUUCAAGGCCUCAUCCGAUACCAUGACUCUAUCGUAAAUGACGAGGCCAAGUAUUCUCAAAUCCUGCUUGCCCUGUUUGAUGCGUUGGAAUCUCCAGAUGAAAAUAGGGUAUCCAGCACAAGCCGAUCUUUCGAUCUCAAAACGCAAAUCCUCUUCACCAUACGGCUCAUGCUAUCUCAAAAUCGGGAAUUCUUCGCAAAGUUCUACUCCAGAGCAAUUAUAUCAAUAAUCCGGACACGAAAACAUUAUGAAAUCACGAAUCACAUUGUUUCCGGUCUCGAGGAGACAUGCGAAGAUAUUGUUAGCACCUGCAACCCUCAAGAGGUAGUAGAUGAUAUCCUCCAACUUUUGGAAACAGAAGAGAAGUCAACUGAAGCCAGCCGGAUGGUAUCUAUGGGCACCUAUGUCCUUUGCGGACUGCUUCACCGCUUGAACGAAAAGAAGCUCUACUUCAGUGACUCUGAACUUCAACGACUUGGCAAAUUUGCCAGCGAAAACCUUAGAAACCCUCAGCCGGACGUCCGACGUGCCGUUAUGGACUUCUGCCUGGAACUACACGAGAUGGUAAAACCAGAAGAGAAGUUCUGGUCCUUUGUCAACUCUCCCGGGGAGGACGUCCGGCCACUCCUAACAUACUAUAUCAUGAGGAAACCUUCGGCCUAG